CAUACACGAAAAUGAAAGUAACUUUUUCUCAGAGGUGCAGCCAUUUCGUAUGAGAAGGACUUCGAAACAAAACAUUAAUGUAGAGAUGAUUAGAAAUGUGAUGAUUGUGUGAAUGGGCUCGGUGUGCGCAACAAACCGAUCUCUGCUCUAAAUGGGCUGAUCACAAAAAUAAACAAUCAGAAAUGGAAGAAAACUCACUUGGGGACCUCGAGAGCUUCCGCCGUCUGUUGUCUUCAUAUUCCGAUUCAUCACUGAUAAGGAUAUACGAGUAUUACAGAGAGGAUCUGGUGCAAAUCCUGGAGAACUUGGACACCGGGGUCCUCCUGAGAGAGCUACAAUCUCGGAAUGUCUUACGCACAGAUAGCCUCCGGGUAAGGGAAGAACAUAUGAGCAGGACUGCCUUCUCUCACUCCUUGUUACAAGAUAUUCAGGAUCGGGGAAGAGAAGCUGUGAUUGGACUCUGGGAAUGUCUCUGUGUGCUAAAGGAAGAUCAACCUCAUUUAUUUGCAGUUCUAGAAGAAAUCAACCAGAAAGGUGAGGGUCUGGCGAAGCAGAUUGCGCUGGAUAAGGAGGGGCACCCACUGACUUCAAAUCUGAAAGAUAUUCAGGAAAAGCACAAAAAACAUCUGAUGGAGAAGACUGAGACUCUAGUGGAGCAUAGACCCCCAGGAACUACCCUGGAACCUCAAGGAUUCCUCAUCAAUGAGCGUUAUGUGAACCUGAUUGUAGUCUCCACCGAUCAGUUCAGGGAACGUCCCCAGAAUGAACUGAUACAGACUGGGGUAACACAUGAGAAAUGCUUGAAGAAAACACAGACUGGACUGGAACUCAUUGUUUCUAAUAGGCUGUUCCGAUGGAACCACCAAUCACAUUGUGUACCACAUGCAGUAAUGGUGAGCGGAGUGCCAGGAAUAGGGAAGACCACACUGAUGCAGAAGUUUGUCUAUGACUGGGUGACCGGAAAACACUACCAGAGAUUUUCCUUUCUCUUCUUCUUCAGAUUCCAGGACUUUAAUAGACGUGGAGAGGUCAGCUUGGAGGAGAUGAUUCUUCAUCAAUAUCCACAUCUGAGGAGUCAGAUUGGAAAUAUUUUACAAGAUCCAGAGAGACUUCUGUUUAUAUUUGAUGGAUUAGAUGAAAGUAUUUACCAAAUGGAUUUUAGAUCAAGUAGACUAUUUGCUUACAGGGCAAAAUUUGGUGAGAUUGUGGUCAGUUUGGUGAGGCAGAGUCUUCUUAAGGGUUGCUCUGUACUGAUAACCAGCCGCCCAACCAGACUGGCAUCAGUUGAUACUGGUGUUUUCCAGAGAAUAGCUGAGAUCAUGGGAUUUCUCCAUGGAGACAGACAGACCUUCUUUAAUAAUUUCUUUGGAAAUGAGGAAUUGUCAGGAAAGGCUUUUCAUCAUGUGCAGGAGAAUGACACACUGUACACUUUCUGUUAUAUCCCAUCAUACUGCUGGAUCAUCUGUACAGUGUUAUCAAUGUGCUUCAGAGCCCAACCAAUCACUGAUCAGCUGAUGACAUCAUUACCCAAAACAGUGACACAACUCUUUGUAACUUUUGUCGCCAACAUUCUGGCCAAUCACAGCCAGAAUAAAGAAGGUGGCCACACUGCUCGGGAACUGCUGACCUCUAUUGGGUGGAUGGCAGAACAUGGAGUCAUGAAUCACAUGAUUGUAUUUGAUGAGCGUCAUCUGGAGUCAUUCAGUGUGAGAAAUGAUAAUCAUCUCUUCUCAUCUUUCAUGAUGGCAUCUGGUCAGCCUCCUGAUGUGGAUUACACCUUCUUACAUCUCACUCUUCAGGAGUUUUUUGCUGCUUUAGUUCAUUUUAUUAACUAUAAUGCUGACAGAUUACAGGAAACACUUGAUGAGGCUAAAUCUUACAAAGACGGCCGUGCUGAAAUACUCCUCAGGUUCCUCUGCGGUCUCUCAGACUCUUCUACUAGAUCCACGUUAAAGUCUCAUGUGGGAGAAUUGUCUACUCAGGCUGCCAGACAUGUCAUCACCUGGAUCCAGGAGAAAAUGCCAGAACAAACACCUGAAAAAUCUAUAAGAGGUGACAGAGAUCUUUUUAAUGUAUCCUACUAUCUCUAUGAGAGCAGGAAUAAGGAUCUGGUGUCACAAUGUAUUGGAUCAAAUAAAGUUGACUUUUCUGAGGUCCCCCUCACCCUUCUGGAUUGCUCGGUGUUGUCUUUUAUCCUUCAAUCCUGCAGAGAGACAGAAGAAGUAAAUCUACAUUCAUGUAAUAUUCAGAAUGAAGGAUUGAGGAAAUUUCUACCGGCUCUACGCAACAUCAAGAGUUUAAGAUUGGAUAAGAAUCACCUGACAGACAGUUCCUGUCCCUAUCUGGCAUCUGGAAUAAGAAAUAACCAGACACUGAGGACACUGGACCUGUCUAAGAACAAUCUGGAGGGUCCUCAUUUCAGGAAUCUGAUGGAAGCUCUGACAACAAGCCGGAUAGAGGAAUUACUUUUGAAGAAUAAUAACCUGACAGACAGUUACUGCCCCCACCUGGCAUCUGGAAUAAGAAAUAACCAGACACUGAGGACACUGGACCUGUCUGUGAACAAUCUGGAGGGUCCUCAUUUCAGGGAUCUGAUGGAAGCUCUGACAACAAGCCGGAUAGAGGAAUUACAAUUGGUUGGUAAUCACCUGACAGACAGUUCCUGCCUCCACCUGGCAUCUGGAAUAAGAAAUAACCAGACACUGAGGAGACUGAACCUGGGUGGGAACAAUCUGGAGGGUCCUCAUUUCAGGGAUCUGAUGGAAGCUCUGACAGCAACCCAGAUAGAGGAAUUACAAUUGCGUUAUACUGACCUGACAGACAGUUCCUGCCCCCACCUGGCUUCUGGAAUAAGAAAUAACCAGACACUGAGGAGACUGAACCUGUCUGGGAACAAUCUGGAGGGUCCUGAUUUCAGGGAUCUGAUGGAAGCUCUGACAACAAGCCAGAUAGAGGAAUUACAAUUGACCUCUAAUCAGCUGACAGACAGUUCCUGCCCCCACCUGGCUUCUGGAAUAAGAAAUAAUCAGACACUGAGGAGACUGAACCUGUCUGGGAACAAUCUGGAGGGUCCUCAUUUCAGGGAUCUGAUGGAAGCUCUGACAACAAGCCGGAUAGAAGAAUUUCAGAUUGCGAACAUUGAAUUGUCAGAUGAAGCUAAAGGGGAGCUGAAAAAUCUGGAAUCCCUCAAACCAGGACUGAAGGUUUUCAUGAUGACCCCAGAGGAAGAAUCUCAGCUGCAGCUGUGAAUGGAGCCAGGACAUUGUUCUGGAUGAUAAGGAAAUUUGGGUUCCAUGCACACUAGGAGCUUCAACUACUUCCAGACCACCCACUACACAUAUACUGCGGCAGGGCGGCCCGGCUGCAUGAAACAAUGUACCUGUACUUUGUUUGCCACUUCCGUGUCAGUGGUAUGCGUGCACUGCCGGUGACCCGCUCCCACUGUGAUUGGACAAAUCCGCUGGCCACCCAUGAGGAGAGACAGAACAGCGGUCUGCCAGUGCCUAUGUAAACAAGGCAGACCAUCAUUCCGUCAGACAGGAAGAGAGAGAUCUGU